GGAUGACUCGCAACUGCCCCGCGGAGCGUCCAACUUUUUUGGCCUUAUCGAGCAAACCAUGUGUUCAUCACUUUUGCCUUACUGAGCUUACAGAGUCAUGGCUUCAUCAAGCUCUAAAGAUCUUUUUGAACCAACGCAAAUCUCGUCCUCAAUAUCCGCGGACGAGGCCCCGCACAUCAUCACAGUCCACGGGUUCUUCUAUCAAGCAAACACCAAGAUCGGGGCACAAGUUGACAACUUGUACAAAGAAGGCUGUCAGAGGAGUGCCAACAUAGAACAGUUCAAACCGAUCCUCCAAGAAGACCCACGUCUUGGGAAUAUCUUCGAGCCUUACUCCGCGAAAUCUCUCCGCGCGAUCCCUUGGGGCGAGACUCCAAAAGGUGAUUAUUAUACCUGGAAUCCAGAGGUUGAUUCUGGACUAGUAUUCUACAUGGUGGGUCCUGGGUCGCGGUUUGAGAUUUGUGAUAGCUCUCACAAUCUCAAACUCGGCCGACAGAAAAGAAUCACAGACAUUGGCCUGUGUCAGACGCCAGGUGACCUUCUGCAAUCGCAUGAGAGGAUACAAGUUGAAAUGAAGGAAGGGGGCGUCUUGAUUGUGCAUCCAAAUCUCUCUCAUGGAACGGAAGGCCGCUCCAUCGCAUUUGGUGGAUUGCCAGCACAAGCUGGCAUGUUGAAAACGGGAGGGCACCGUAGCUAAUCAAUCUUUCUGAUACAAUGCAAAUUCCACAGCCGGCCUU